AUGGUCCCUGUCCAGUUCUUCACAGGUGGGGCUGCUGGUCACAGGUGGGGCUGCUGGUCACAGGUGGGGCUGCUGGUCUCAGGUGGGGCUGCUGGUCACAGGUGGGGCUGCUGGUCACAGGUGGGGCUGCUGGUCACAGGUGGGGCUGCUGGUCACAGGUGGGGCUGCUGGUCACAGGUGGGGCUGCUGGUCUCAGGUGGGGCUGCUGGUCACAGGUGGGGCUGCUGGUCACAGGUGGGGCUGCUGGUCUCAGGUGGGGCUGCUGGUCACAGGUGGGGCUGCUGGUCACAGCAUUCCGCCGCCACUCCCUUCCCCCUUUUCCUCUCUCCCCCACAGCAUUCCGCCGCCACUCCCUUCCCCCUUUCCCUCUCCCCCCCACAGCAUUCUGCCACCAAUCCCUUCCCCUCCUCCCUCUCCCACCCACAGCGACCGCCGCUGCACCCGCGAACAGUCGCGACGGGGGGGAUGACGGGCAGGGGGGCGGGGGAAUGCGACGGGCAGAGUGAGGCGACGGGAGGGAAGAAAGCGGGACGGGGGGGGGAAGGGCCGCGACGACCGCCACGGACGCCGUCCCUUUCAUUCCCGAUUCUCCGCGGUGCUGUACGGUUCUGGGCGGGGUAG